AUGCCUCACCAGCCGAGUGCCACUCCCGGUGUAACAAAACGCCUCUGCUCGUGGAUCCACGCUCUAUCCCUCGACGAUGUCCCCGAAGAUGUGAAAACCCGGGCCAAGUACCUGAUACUGGACGGUCUAUGCUGUGCGCUAGUCGGGGCUCACCUUCCUUGGGUCGAGAAAGCUGCCAAUGCAGUCUUUGCGAUGGAAUCUGAAGGGGAGUGUGCUGUGUGGGGUUAUAACAAGAAACUCGGCCCACUAGCCGCUACGCUCCUGAAUAGUACCGAGAUCCAGUCCUUUGAGCUUGACGAUUGGCAUAUGCUAGCUCCAGUCCAUUCUAACUCUAUCCUACUGCCGCCGCUUCUUGCGGCCGCUGGUCAGAAGAAGGCCAGCACCCAGGCCAAAUUUGACGGCAAAUCGCUUCUCCUGUCCACGAUAGUGGGCUAUGAGACGGGUCCACGUGUUGGACUGUGCCUUUAUGGUGGACAUAUGCUGACACGAGGGUGGCACUCUGGUACUACAUUCGGCCACGCCGCCGCGGCUGCCGCAGUGUGCAAGCUGCUGGACCUUCCCGAGGCUGCAAUCGAGGAUGCGCUUGGCAUGGCGUGUACUCAAGCAUGUGGAUUAAUGUCGGCUCAAUUUGGAAGUGAUGUGAAACGCAUGCAGCACGGAUUCGCGGCGCGAAAUGGCCUUUUCGCAGCUUUGAUGGCAGAAAGCGGCUACAUCGGGAUUAAGAAUGUCUUCGAGGAACCUUAUGGUGGUUUCUUGUCCACAUUUGGGCAGAAUUCCGGUAAGGAGCCGCCAUACCUGGUGGAUGAACUUACCAGGGGUUUGGGAGAGGUCUGGCAGUCUGAUAAUAUCCGGGUCAAAUCGCAUGCGUCCAUGGCGGGAACACACUGCACCAUUGACACGGUCGCGCAACUGCAAAAUGAAUACCCCGACAAACUAUCCAGCUUGGAGAACAUCAGCAACAUCAAGAUCGAGAUGUCCGAAGCUGCUUUCAAGCAUGGAGGAUGGAAGGCACAGCGGCCGCUCUCAGCGCUGGGGGCACAAAUGUCCUGCGCUUAUGUGGCUGCCGUCCAGCUCAUCGACCGUCAGGUUUCACCACAGGAGUUCCACCACGACUUGCUUGAUAGGGAUGAUUUAUGGGAUAUGAUUGACAGAACCGAGUGUUUCCACACACCAGAACUAGGCGAGAAAUACGAACAACGCGUCACGAUCGCAUUCAAGGACGGAAGUACGGUCGCAAAGACAUUGGACGCGCCGCAAGAUGUUGCCCCGGGGCUGUCGAAUGAAGAAAUUCUGGAGAAGUACAGGCGAUUCACGGAAGGCAUUGUGGACGCUCAGAGACGAGACGAGAUCGAGAGGCUGGUGUUGGACAUCGAAAAUAUCGAGGACAUUACGGUCCUAGAGGAGCUACUCGCUGGACCCACUAAGAACCCGAUAGAUUAG